UCUAUAGAGGGCGCUGUCUAUUGCUCAGCCACGUAAGUCAGGGUCGUAUUUUUAUUCUUGAAAUUAUUUUAAUUUCGUUUCUUCGCUAUAAUCCUGAAUAUGUAAGAGUGAUAUAACAAUCCAAUAGUGCGUGUACAAUUUUCUUGUGUUACAACUCCAUCCACACUGCGAUUGUCAAGACAUGUCUAACUUGCCACCGAACCCAUAUAAUAUCCCGGGGGCGCCUCCUACAAAUGCGAAUCCCGGACCGCCAAUAUUUAGUAACAACCCUGUACCAAUGAACCAAUUACCGCCGAGUUACCCUGGGCUUAAGCAGGACUCGAAUUCUAAUAGCCCUGCCCAUGGAGUUCAAAACAGUGGAAUACAUAACGUGAAUCAUUUGAAUCAAAGUUCUAGUAGUUCUCCUGCAUUUAAUCAUCCUGGGAUGAUGCCCCCACCUCAUCCUGGACCCGAGUCAUCACCUGUAAGACCUCCCUUAAAACCUUUAAUGGCCCCAAGUCCAAACAUGCAGCAACCUUUCAAUUCAGCCAGUCCGAGAACAGUACCUAAUGCUAAUCCAUCUCCAACACCUUAUCUGAACAACUUUCCACCGCAGCAACGUCAAAUUAAUGACAAUGCACCACCUCUCAUUCCUUCUAGUCAAUCAAAUCAACCACUUAAGAAUGGGCCGCCCGCUUCUCAAACUCCAUCUCAAUAUCCCACAUCAUCAAGCUCCUUUAGUCCAGUACCACCAAAUAUGACACCAUCUUCAAGUGGCCUUCCUCCAAUCAAUCCUGCAUAUGGCCCACCAUUGGCUAAACCUCCCGGCCCAGGACAAGUGAACCAGCCAAAUGUGUCAAUGCCUGGUCCCCAGUUUUCAGGACCUCUAAGGAAUAGUCCUUUGAUCCCUGGACCUACAAAUGGACCUUCUAGUAUCAGUGAUUAUCGCAUGCCACCAGUGUCUGGGCCUCCUUUGGGCCCUCCAAGACCAGCAGGAGUUAAUGGAACACACUUUACACCCCCAACAUCUGGUUCCAAAGUCGGUCCAGGGAGUAAUUAUCAAUCUGACGCAAUGUCUUCAGUAAGUGGCCCUUCGAUGGUGCCUCCAUCGAGUGGCGCUCCUAUUCAGUCAUACCCAGGCCCUCAAAGAAAUGGACCAUCUGGCCCAGGGCAGCCUAUGAAUACUUCUGGGCCAAUGCCACCACUGAACAGUUUUGGUGGACAACAAAAUUUGCCUCCAAGAUAUCAAGCAACAGGGCCUCAAAGUUUACCUCCAAUGGGACAGAUGAAUACACCAAGUGGACCACUAGGGCCAUUAAAUGGACCUCCAAAAGGGCCAAUUGGUCUUCAAAGUGGGCCAGCGACCCCUCCUAAUGUUUCUAUGGGCCUUGCAAGUGGUCCUAUGAGUCCUCCAAGUGGCUAUAUGGGCCAACCAAGUGGUCAUAUGCCCCCUCACAGUGCAAGUAUGGGUGCAAUGCCACCUCCUAACAGAACUAUGUUGCCUCAAAGUGGACCACAAGGACUUUCUAGUGGACCACAAAUGCCAACAAGGCCUCCUGGACAUCUUAAUGGCCCUCCCGGACAACCCAGCAGCCUUCCACCAGGACCCCCGAGCAGCUUACCUCCAGGCCCUUCAAUGGGCAACAUGCAGAAUCGAUACCCACCAAUGCCACAAGGCAACUUCCCUAACCAGCAGCCAAUGCCCCAAAAUAUGGGAAAACAAUAUGCUCAGUAUCCAAAUCAAGGCUUGACUCAACAAAUGGGCCAAUUAAGCGUCACGAAGCAAGGUUUCGACCAAUUGUGGGGACAUCACAUGGUGGAUCUGCUUCAGUGCAGGCACAUAUUGCCUGAGUACCCAGAAGACCCCCCAGAAAUAAAGCUUGGACAUCAGUUUGCCGAUGCACCUAAUUGCAGCCCUGACAUAUUCCGAUGCACCAUCAACCGCAUACCAGACACAAACAGCCUUCUACAGAAGUCGAGAUUACCACUGGGAAUUCUUAUACACCCCUUCAAGGAUCUCAAUCACCUCCCUGUGAUUCAAUGCUCGACGAUCGUGCGUUGCCGCGCGUGCCGCACAUACAUCAACCCGUUCGUUUACUUCGUCGACUCUAAGCGGUGGAAGUGCAACCUAUGCUAUAGGGUCAAUGACCUGCCAGAGGAGUUCCAAUACGACCCGGUGAGCAAAUCGUACGGCGACCCAUCUCGCAGGCCGGAGAUCAAAUCCGCGACCAUAGAGUUCAUAGCGCCCGGAGAGUACAUGUUGAGGCCGCCCCAACCAGCUGUGUAUCUGUUCCUGUUCGAUGUGUCGCAGAUCGCGAGGGAAUCCGGGUAUUUACAGGUGGUAUGUGACACCUUAAAGUCAUACUUGGACGAGUUGCCCGGCGAUGCGCGUACGCAGGUCGGCUUCAUAUGUUUCGACGCGCACAUACACUACUACCUGAUGGGCGAGGGCCUCACUAGACCAAAAGAGAUGACUGUGCUUGAUAUUGAUGACGUAUUCCUCCCGUCCCCGGAGUCGCUGGUGGUGAACCGGGACGAGCGCCGCGAGCUGGUCCGCGAGCUGCUGGCCGUGCUGCCGCAGCGCCACGCCGCGCCCGGCGCCCCCCACGCGGCGGCCGCUAGUUCUGCGUGUGCGCUGGGCGCCGCGCUGCAAGCUGCUUACAAGCUGAUGGCUCCCACCGGAGGCAGGAUCACUGUCUUCCAAACAUGUUUGCCAAACGUCGGGCCUGGAGCGUUACAGCCUAGAGAGGAUCCCAACGCCCGAUCGUCCAAAGAAGUAGCUCACCUGAACCCGGCCACGGACUUCUACAAGCGGCUAGCGCUGGACUGCAGCGGCGCGCAGGUCGCCGUGGACUUGUUCCUGCUCAACUCGCAGUACUCUGACUUGGCCACUCUCAGUGGCAUGAGUAAAUUCAGCGCGGGAACAGUGUACCACAUACCGCUGUUCCUCGCGUCGCGGCCGUGGCAGGCGGAGAAGCUGCGCCGCUCGCUGACCCGCUACCUCACCAGGAAGAUCGGCUUCGAGGCGGUCAUGAGGGUGCGGUGUACCAGAGGCAUAUCGAUCCACACGUUCCAUGGCAACUUCUUCGUCCGCUCCACGGACCUGCUGUCGCUGCCCAACGUGUCUCCGGACGCGGGAUUCGGCAUGCAGCUCAGCAUCGACGAGGCGCUGUCGGACCUGCAGCAGGUCUGCUUCCAGGCGGCGCUGCUGUAUACCAGCAGUAAAGGCGAGCGUAGGAUACGAGUACACACGUUAGCGCUACCUAUCGCUAGUAACCUCACGGACGUUCUGCACGCGGCCGACCAACAGUGUAUCAUCGGGCUACUAAGCAAAAUGGCCGUGGACCGCUGCGCGUCGGCGUCGAUGUCGGAGGCGCGCGAGGCGCUCACCACGGUGGCGGUGGACGCGCUGUCUGCGCACCGCCUGGCGCAGAACCUGCCCGCCGGCGCCGCCUCCGCAGCCCUACAUGCGCCUGCGUCGCUGGCGCUGUUGCCGUUGUACCUGUUGGCGCUGUUGAAGAGGAAAGCCUUCCGAACCGGCACUUCAACGCGUCUCGACGACCGAGUGGCCGACAUGUGCGACAUGAAAACUCUGCCACUAUACAUGCUCCUGCGCGCCGUGUACCCCGACCUGUACCCCGUGCACGCGCUCGGCGACCACGGCGCCCGCGACGACGAUGACACGGCGCCUGAUCCGCCGCGGAUGCAGCUCUCGGCUGAGAGAAUAAACUCGAACGGCGCCUACCUGCUCGACGACGGGGAGACCAUGAUUAUUUACGUCUGUCACGCCGUCAGCCCCGCCUUCUUGUCGGACACGUUCGGCGUCGCCGCUUUCAGUCAGUUGCACGACGAAAGCCGAACAUUGCCGAAGAUAGAGUCGGAAGGAAACGCCUUGUUGCACGCCUUUAUAGACAAGCUGAACGACGAUCGGCCGUACGCCUCGAAUAUACUAAUAUUGAAAGACAACUCGCCAUCCCGACAAGUAUUUACUGAGCGUCUCGUCGAAGACCGCGUGGAAUCCGCCUUCUCCUACUACGAGUUCUUGCAGCACGUGAAAUCGCAAGUGAAAUGAGUGUUGGGUGAGAUUCGAGUGACUUACAAACUGACUAGAGGCCAGCCCUCAGUGAUCUUUAGGUAAUAAUGGCGUUGUCGCCGACUUUGAUACGUUCGACACUGCCCUAGCAUUGAUAUGUGAUGUUGAUAAAGCAAUAGUGUUAAUUAUGUAUACGGAAAGAAUCACAUAGAUUUGAAAGAGGAGGUGUUAUAGGAUAUUUACUCAAUACUAUAUGAAUUUUGUAAUUAAAACUGACCACUGAAUAUCCGAGUUCAAUAAGAAAAUAUUCCUUUUGCAUAAUGAUUUAUUCUCUUAUUUAUAUUAAGCCUAUCGAUAGGCUAUCGAUAGUUGGGUAAAAGCAAUAGUAUUGGUAGGAUUAUCGAUAGUAUCCGAUAGUGGCGAUACUAUCGAAAGUAUUGUAGUCUACGAUACCAUUGUAACAAACUGAGCAGUAGAUUAAUUUCGACGUCAACUAUAGAUAGUACAACUAUCGAUGAUAAAACUAUCGAUAGUUUGGCAACGCUAAAACAGGAUGAUCUGACCUUAUAUUAUUAUUGGCUAAUGAUAAAAUUUUGUAAAAGAAGUAAUUUUGCCUGAAUUAAAAAUGACAUAAUUAUUGUUUCACCAUGACGACAUGUGUCCUUUUAAAAAUAAAUGAUAGUUGAAUGAGGCUUACUUUUUUAAUAAUUCCAAAGUUGGUCGAAUUGGUAUUACUUUAAUUUUUUAGGCAAGCAAGGUAAAAGCUCAAGGUAUUUCGUGUCUUGAUUGCAUGCCUUAAAUCAUGGUUUAGGCUACAUUGCGACCACAACAUAGACAUCAGAAGACAAUAGAAAUGCUGUUAUAUUUUACUUGAAACGAUAAGAAUGAUGUAUUGUUCUCUUCUAUAAAACGCAGUUAUCUGCGCAGUUCUCAAUUAAGUCUAAGGAAUGAGAGGCGAUAUGAAAAUCUUAAGGUUGAAACGACACAUUCAUGAGAACAUUCCGCUUACUUACAGCGACUAUAGUCUUACAUUAUUCCAAAUUCUAUGAGUCAAAUUGAUAACUUACUUUUUCGUCUAAGCGUAUUUCCGUUCACAUCCAAAGGCCGGAGUCCGCUAUUUCUAUCCUGUCCAAAGCGAUUUGACGAGGUUAUUUGUUUUACUUGUUUUAAAGGGAUAGGCUUAUAAACUUGGGAUUCUCCUUUUAGGCGAUGGGUUAGCAACCUGUCACUAUUUGAAUCUGAAUUCUAUCAUUAAACCAAAUAGCUGAACGUGGCCUAUUGGUUUUUUCGAGACUGUUGGCUCUGUCUACCUUGCAAGGGAUAUAGACGUGAUUAUAAGUAUGUAUGAAAUUGUUUAUACACAGAGCGACUCUGUCUGACCUCCGUAACUUAAAAGAAAACAAUAACCAACCCUAGAAUGAGUAAAUGUGCAUUGGUUAUACAAUGCCUUAUCCCGUAAUGGACUUUUACGAUCUGCACGGGAAGAAAAGCAGGCACAGUCUUUGGUUUUGUUUCGCUUCCACACUAGCAUGAAGACUAAUUCUACCUUACUAUACAGAAUUAAUUGUGCUUAUCCAUCAUUUCCCGAUUUCAUACAAGAACCCCAUAAGGAUUGUGAAAUUUGAACCCAAUAACGAAAAAUUGUAGAAUAAUAAUUUUUUAGGGAAUGGGGCUGUUAUAAAAGUUAUCUCUUAUUAUUUUAGAAGCGAUGUAAAAAGUUUUGAAACUAUGUUAUUGUCUAAAUUACCAUUUUAAGUACAGUCAAAAAAAAAAAGAUAUUAAUAACAUGUCACGCAAUGAGAGAUUUUCGAGGCAGAUGUCCGUAUCUCACUCUAUAGCUCAGCAAUCCGGUCCACUAGCAUCCCAUCCGCAUGACCCAUACCAUGUAAAUCCCUCCUUGGCAAUAGUUUGGCAGCUGUGGAGGGCUGUCCGUUGAUGUAUCCCAAUGGUAAUUAAGGCACAGAUCUCCACAGCUGCAGCCAUCUCACUCUAGAACAAAAGGUACCAAAGGGCCUCUUCAUGUUGUCUUCAGCCCCAUGAACGCCUCCCAAAUGACCGGGUUCCAAUGGGCCCGUGCACAUUUUACAUGUCACGUAAAAAACGUACAAAACAACAACCUGACAAUUAUUUUAUACUGUAACUGCUACCACUAAUAUUUUCAAUAUAUGUAUGAUUUAAAACUCAAACCAUAAGAUACAAUUUAAAAAUGUUAUCUGUAAGAUAAACAAUUGUGACGUCGUAUCGUUGUGUUCGCCCCUUCGCCCUCUUCCCCGCGCGGGGAAAUGGACCCUCUCUUUUGGUAAUUACAAUUGUUUUUUCUUUGAAUAAGGUAACAAAUAGUCCUAAUUAUCUAGUUACAGUUUGUUGUUCUGAGCCCGAGACAUGGAAUAUGUAUUGUAAAGAUAAUAAUAGAUAAAUGCAUUCUCUAUUAAGAUUAUAAGCCUUAUAAGCAUGUUAAACAUAAAAAGCAGUUGAUAUGACGUGAUAUCUCGUCUGUACCUACUCACAGUAUUUGUCAUUUUCUUAUCUUUAUUUGUAUUAAAUGUCAUUAAACAAUGUCUAGGGCAUGUCGCUACGAAUGUAUAUCGAUCAAUUCCAAGCGACGCAAUAAAGAUUAUAUUUUUAUUGUAAUUCGGUAUUAGGUGUACUAUAUGUUCGAAAAAUUCAUGUAUUUAUCAUUACUUGAUAUUAAUUGUGUAAAUUGGUAGGUUUAUUUAUGAAAUUUAUAGUUAGAAAUGUUUUAUACUGGAACGAGCUCGGGUCUUGUCGGGUUGUUUUAAGGAUUAUUACACACGAUAUCCCGGUUCUAGAUGUAAUUGUUAAAGUAAAACUUGAACACACUUGCGACACGAUGCGACGCGACAGAAUGCGACUAAGUAGGUAGUUAGAGUGAGAAACUAUGUCGGAAAGUUCGCAGUCUUUUUCAUAUAAAGUUGAUUUUGUGUCGCGUCGUGUCGUAAUUCAGUUAAGAAAUUAAGAGAAACGCAGCACGCACGUUUAUUGUAAAAGGAAGUGGUACAUGUUUAAAAAGCUAUACAUAAUUUUUGUGUUUUAUCCACAUUUUACGGACCAAAAUGAAAUUAUACUGAAGAAAAGCUAUAUAUUUAUUGUUUUGCUUUUCUGACCACUUUAAAUAAUUUCGGAAUUCUGUUUUUUUUUGCUAAUAGGUUUCAUGGUAUGUAUCUUCAAGAAAUGCCAUUAUUUCUCUAGCUUUUUAAUGUGCAAAUAUGUUUCCAGUUAUAAACUAUGGAUUGUUUUUAGGAAAUUGUAAGAAAAAUAUAAGGCUAAAAUUAGUUUUACCGAAUAGGCGUGUAAAUUAUGGACAUGAAAAUAUGUAGAUAUAUGUAGAUCAACAUUUUGAGAUUUUUUUUAUUGUCGCCAAAUGAAGUAGAUAAGGUGUCAUUUAUCGUAAAGAUUGCUAUGGACGGCAAUUUAGAUAUGAAGAUUGAAGAAGUAUAAUAAUACUUUGAAUUUAUAUACAUUCAGACUACCUACUCUAUUUGGUCCGGUUAUGCCGGAUAUGAAACUAAUUGUGCUGUUAGAAAUGACAACAUUUGUAAAGCACUGGUAAUCCUUUGGAAAUUAACCAUGCAUUAAGAUCCGCCCAAGUUCAACUUUGUAUCCUAAACUUUUAUUUUCAACUUUACCUGGUCCUGCCCCUUAAUUCGUAAACGUUGUCAAGUAAUAUGUCUAAUCUUCCCUCUCUGUCUAAUUCUGAAGUUGAAAAAAAAAUUAAAAGAGAUAGAAGAUGAGACAUGUUCUCUACGUGAAUAUAUCCCCUGGAUGCGUCUCUUAGCUUUCGAAAGCGAUUUAGAAAAUAUAUGAUGUAAUAUUGUACCAUAAUUUAUAAUUUCACCACCAUUUGAACUAUGCCGAGUGCAAUCUGCAAUUCAUUGUAAUUUUACGUUCAUUGCGUAUUUAGCAUGCUGUAUUACUAAUGUUGAAAAUACAAAAACUGCGUUGGACAUCAUGCUUGCGCACACAAAUUAUAAUCACUAUUUCGUUCAGAAGUAGUAAAAAAGUAUUAAUAACAUUUUUAUUAUGAAAAAACUUAAGCAUGAUCUCCGUGCGGAGGGAGGCCUGUGUUACUUGUUGUAUAAAACUGGAUAUUGUUUUAACUGCACUGUUAGCGGACUGAACUGAAAGCCUUGUAACUUGUUUCAAUAUAACGAAUCUAAAAUCA